AUGGCCUUCAAAAUUUCUCAAUUAAUUCACAUUCUUCUUUGGCUAUCUCUUCUAUUUUUGCUCUUUCAUGAGUAUUAUAAUCUCAAAUACUCAAAGAUCAACAAGAAAUAUAUCAUACAAGCAAGUCAUCAUUCAUUAUCUUCUCAUCACAGCAGAAAAGUUCUAGCAAGAAAAUUUCAUUUCUCUACUCUCUUUAAACAUCGUCAUCAACAAGUGGAGAAAGAUCCUUCCAGCACCGAGAUUGAUCCUCGUUAUGGCGUCGAGAAACGCCGUGUGCCAACCGGUCCAAACCCGUUACACCAUUGA